AUGGCUGAACCUUCGGCUCGUCCAGCGAUGCCUUCAGAGCGUCCCCGGAGCAGAUCUCGAAUUCCUCGCCUGCACACAGGAGACCCUAUCCCUCCGCCGACGAGGCCAGCGAGGCCCGAACAGUUGACGCCCUCGACGCGACUGGCGGAACAGCUGCCGUCCGUUGGGCAGCCCAGAAAACGACAGACACGGCGACAUGACCUGGGCCCGAAAUGGCACAAGGAAUACUCGGAGAUUGACCAGCACUGCGGACGGGUCUUGAUCAUCGAUUUCGUGAAACAAGAGGCGAGCAAAACCCGCAUGCGCAAAGUCAGCGCAGAAGAGAUCUUUGACCUUCAAGCGCUUCGAAAAGUGUAUAACAACCCUGAUCGAACCAACGAGGCCGUCCUGCGUGUCUUUCACGUUCAAAACGCCGACUGGGCUAAGGAGUAUCUCCUGAGGAAGUUCAAUAUCGACAACCACGACAAUCUCGUUGGCAAUGACUUUGGGAAAUAUGUUCGACAUAAGAACCCGGAGAGACGAGGCGGACGGCCGUUUCUGAACGGGAAGACAUGGAAAGUCCAGUACGAUCCGUGGCGAGGAAUCAGUAAGACGUCGUUUGGGCUGGAUUAUCUGAAGCAGUAUCCCAAGGCUGCGCAUUAUACCUCACACCACCGUCGAAGUCCAGAGGAUGAUACCCUCAAGAUGAUGGAGCUGGACUCCUGGGAAAGCGAAGGGAAUCCAGCCAAUGGCUACGAUGUAUAUGUCCAGCGUUUCAGCUGCUAUAUCCAGCACAAACAAGUCACAGGAGUGCCCUCUCUGCAAAUGGAGGAUUCGGAUAUCAAGAAUCCCUAUCAUAUCGAAGAUACCCAGGCCGGUGAUUCGCCGGGGAAGCGAAGAGAUGUAUACGUGCCACGCCUAAACUCCCUGGAUAACGGCAAUGCAAUCCUUAUCUUUGACAAUUCUCACACCGGAUGUCUAGAUGACACCCUCAUCCCGCCGCGUCAGACAUGGGAGGAGAGAUGGAGACGUCUUCCAUUCUUCCUUGCCUUUGAGUCCAAGGAUCUGGUUGAAAGUGACGAGCAACUUGCUUACCAUAGCACCAGGAUUAUUCUGGAUGAUAUCUUCAAGGUCUUAACCGCAAACUGGGAUUCGUUCCUAAACCAAGCCAUGGACCAUGUCAGCAUGUUGGAGGACAAGAUAUAUGAGCGGCCGGCGGACGAAACUCGCGCCCCAUUGCUAUGGACCAACUCGAAUCUGUGGCUCAAAGUUGAAAAGUUGCUGUUCAUUCACCUUGAUAUCGUCAAGGAGAUGAUAACACGACUGCAAGACCUGACGGAUGAUGUAGAGUCCGACACUCCCUGGCUGGAGAGCAUACCAAGUGACUUUGAACGGCUGGGUACCACCAUUACAGAAGACUUGAUCAAGCCGACUGAGAAUCUGAUAUCCCUACUGUAUCAGUCAGUCUCCAUCAGAGACAGUCGACACAGCAUUCAGUUGAACGUCAGCAUGUGGCGCCUGAGUUGGAUCACCUUCAUCUUCCUCCCGAUGACCUUCAUCACUGGGUUUUUCGGCAUGAACGUUAAUACCUUCAAAGAUGACCCAGAUAUUAAAUGGUACUUUAUAGCUACUGUGCCCUUCAUGCUCCUAGUCCUCGUAGUUUGGUACGUCAUCAAGCAUUACCUUGCAGGCCGACGCCAAACUCCACACCAACGAGGCAUCUACGAGAAUUUCUUCAACGAGAUGGCUGAUGGUAACCCAUCGCUAUGGUCUCGAAUGGGUCCGCGUGAUUAUGUCGUUCCCCAGGGCUUUCUGGCACGCAUCAAAUGGCACUUUAUCAAAGUCUGGAGUGCUCCUGAACGCACGAUCUUGCUGGACACAGACAGCGAUGGAUCGGGUGGUGAUAUGGGCACAAUAUUUAAGAUAAAGCAAUACUUGAUCCGCAGGUGGACGUCACAGCUCCGAAACAACAAGGCAGUCAAGGAAACCGCACUUGAAGAUGGGUUAAUAGUACCUGAUGAAGACCAUGCCAGUGAAGUACAUAGCAUUGCCGAUGGACUUGCAGAGGCUACUGAAAUGCUCGUGAUACCCGCCACUCCAGCUGUUGAGUCUCAAAUAGUGCCCGAGAUAGCGGCAUCGCUUCCCACUCAUGAAACCAAGGCAGCUGCUCCUGAGACUAUAGCUCCUCGUUUGGCCCCGUCUUUGCUUAGCGGCGCACAUCGUCGAAGCAGCAGCGCCGGAAGGACCAGUGGUCUUCUGGUUGAAGAGGAAGAUUACCAAUGGCUGAGCGAGCGAGGCAAGCAAGGAAAGCAGUGGGCGUGGAGGACAUCGAGUUCUAGAGGUAGAAGCCCCCAUGGAAGCCACAGUCGAAGCCGUAGCGGAGAGGACAGAGAAGCUGGGAAGAGUGGCGGUACUACUCCCCCCAUUGAUGAGGGUACCGAAACGAUGCCAAAGUCGUACUAUGAUGAUGAUGAUAACAAUGAAUCACCUACAGCGGUGCAUGAUACCUCUAAUGACCGUCCUUGA